CCAUGUCCAGCUACUUAUUCAUUGUAAAAUCUGAGUUACCAUUGGUCAUUCAAGCCUUUCUUGGACAAACAUCUCUCACUGAGUCUUAGGAACUGGUUUAUGAAUGGAAACUACCUGAUCAUUAUUGUUACCAUCUGCGUUAUCUUCCCACUAGCCAYGAUGAAACAUCUGGGAUAUCUCGGCUAUACAAGUGGCUUCUCUCUUUCCUGCAUGGUCUUCUUCCUCUCUGCGGUCAUCUACAAGAAGUUUAACAUUGCUUGCCCGUUGGAGACAUUCGGUAACUUCUCUGCGACCCCGCCCAUCUCUGACGACACCUGUGCAGCCAAAUACUUCACCAUCAACCACGAGACAGCGUAUACCAUCCCCAUCCUGGCAUUUGCGUUUGUGUGUCACCCUGAAGUGCUUCCUGUCUACACAGAGCUGAGCAAUCCGACCAAGAGAAGAAUGCAGACUAUUGGAAAUGUUUCUGUCUUCGGGAUGUUCAUCAUGUAUUUCUUCACAGCUAUAUUUGGCUACCUAACCUUCUACGGAGGCACGGAGGCUGAGCUCCUCCACACCUACAGCAGGGUGGAUCCGCUGGACACGUUGAUCCUGUGUGUGCGACUGGCUGUGCUGGUGGCCGUCACACUCACUGUGCCCGUUGUCUUGUUUCCGAUUCGUCGCGCGCUCCAGCARCUGCUGUUCCCAGAGAAACCCUUCCACUGGUUACGUCAUAUCGCCAUCGCUGUGUGCCUGCUGUUCGCCGUGAACCUGCUGGUCAUCUUUGUUCCCAACAUUCGAGACAUUUUUGGAAUCACRGGGGCGACCACUGCUCCCACUCUCAUCUUCAUCCUUCCUGGGCUCUUCUACAUUCGAAUCAUUCCCAAAAGCCAGGAGCCCACGAGAUCCAGGCCAAAGAUCCAGGCUGCUUGUUUCUCCACUUUGGGUUUCAUCUUCAUGAUCAUAAGUCUGACCUUCAUCGUACUUGACUGGAUAAGCGGAGAAAAGCGAAGUCUCGGCGGCCAUUAACACGUUCCCUCCCUGACCUUUAACCUAUUGCUGUGUCYCCCUCUUCCAGGACUCUUAAAGAAAAACUAAUUUUUCAUCAAAAGAUGAAAAUGUCUGUGAGACUGACAUUAUUCUGGUAAGGACUAGCUGCUCCUCCACUGUGACAGGGGGAAAAUUUCAACCCUGAUGCUGGGAUAAUGUUCGCUGCUCGUGUUUAACUUGCGGUAUUCCGACGGACCCUCAACCACAGAAAGCUUAGUGCUUUUCCCGAGGCUWAACGUGGUGUUUUAUUAGCAACRGUUUUAAAAGUAAAACUCUAUGACAAAAAACGGGGAGCAAUCUUUAAAUUUUAUUUCUGAUGACKUUUCAUGACGAAAAUGUGCUUUUUUCCAGAAUGACUGUGAAAUCAAUCCAAUAUGGUGCUUAAAACAUGGUGGAUCUUAAAGUAAUCUGAGAAAAGGGCGAUUUUAGGUCAAUGCAUUUGCUCUUACACACCUGUGAAGAAAUCAAUGUCUUUGUUUUGUAAUUCUGUAGAAAAAUACACAAAACACUACAAGAAAACUGUCCAUGAGCCAAAAAUUAAAAACCCUUGAGGAACUGUGAAUGUGUUAAUUUGGUUUGUUUGUGAAUGUUCUUAAAUAAAAUGUAUAAAAGAA